CGCUUGUGUUCAUUGUGUGCGUCAGUUCUGCUGCGCAAGUGCCUCCACUCGUGUGUGACAAAUCCAUCGGCAGAAUCAGCCCUGGAGAGUUAUUCAUCAGCCAGCUGCCGAAUCACUCCUCCAAAUUCAAUUCGCGAAUAUAAUUCCCCCAAAUUGAUGAAGUGAAUCAAGUGAAAAUGGCGGAUAACGAGCAGAAAGCGGUGCAGUUGAUGGCCGAUGCUGAGAAGAAGCUCGGCUCGUCGAAGGGUUUCUUCAGCUCCCUGUUCGGAAGUUCAUCGAAGGUAGAGGAGGCAGUAGAAUGCUAUCAACGCGCAGCAAAUCUCUUCAAGAUGGCGAAGAAGUGGGGAAGCGCUGGGAAUGCCUUCUGCGAGGCUGCAUCGCUCCACGCCAAGGCUGGUAGCAAGCACGACGCCGCUACCAACUACGUUGACGCUGCCAAUUGCUACAAGAAGACUGAUGCAAACGAAGCGGCCAAUUGCCUUCAGAAGGCGAUUGAGAUAUACACGGACAUGGGGAGAUUCACCAUGGCAGCCAAGCAUCAUCAGAGUAUAGCGGAGAUGUACGAGAGUGAAGCUGUGGACCUCGAACGCGCUGUUCACCACUAUGAACAGGCUGCUGAUUAUUUUCGGGGCGAGGAGAGUAUCUCAUCAGCCAAUAAAUGUCUUCUCAAAGUCGCUCAGUAUGCGGCACAGCUCGAAAACUACGAGAAAGCCAUUCAGAUUUAUGAACAAGUCGCAGGAGCAUCGCUGGACAGUCCUUUGCUCAAAUACAGUGCUAAGGAAUACUUCUUCAGAGCGGCCCUGUGCAAUUUAUGUGUAGACGCACUCAACGCACAACACGCCAUCGAGCGUUACGAGGAGCAGUAUCCAGCAUUUCAAGAUUCUAGGGAGUGCAAACUCAUCAAGAGUCUGAUCGACCACCUGGAGGAGCAGAACGUCGAGGGCUUCACAGACACUGUGAAAGAGUACGACUCAAUAUCCCGACUAGACCAGUGGUACACAACGAUACUCCUUCGCAUAAAGAAGCAAAUUAACGAUAACCCAGAUCUCCGCUGAUCGCCUGACACUUCAAUUAUUCGUAAGCUGUCCUUAUCAUCGGCAUUCUCCCCCUACGAUUCACUCAUUGACCCUCACCCUGCGAUUAUAAUUUACAAUUCAUUGAUUAAAUGAUGAAUUAAAGUAGUUGAACCUCAUUAUUUUGGAAUUAUCACCUCUUUCUCACCUUCCAGACAUCAGAUACUCAGUGAUAACAAAUGCUAUCAGCCCCUCCCCCCAUUAUCAGGGCGAACUCUGGGGAAUGAGAGAAAGAGACGUUUAUCGAUAUUCGUAACAAUGAAUUCUGAUGAUUGUUAAUUUAUUGUAUAGCAUUUCUGUAAUUAUGAGUUGUUGUAUUCAUUAGCGUUGAUUAUCUGUGAAUCGAGUGGAUCUACUGCUGAGUGAUGUAUUUUAUUGUUAAUUAGGUGUGAGAAGACAUUCGUUGUGAAGUGGUGAGACGUAACAUCAUGAUUUCAUUUUUUUAAGUUGAUGAAAAAAUCAUAAUUGUCACAAUUAUGAAAUUACCUCGUUCACAAGUGAUUUCAGUGGAAAAUGUCGAGAGAUUUUUCUCAGAGAAUUUAUUCUUCACGAAAAACAUUCCCUCAUUUUUAUCUGGAAUUAAUAAUUAACGAGGAAUUCUCAUAACUGUUCAUCUUUUAUUUUGCAGUUACGUCGUUAAUGAGUGGAAAAAAUUAACUGACAUUUUCUCUCAGAGCCAUUAGUUCCUGUAAUGGUGAAGAAGUUGAUUUAGUGAGCACGUGUCACCCCUUCACUCCACUAAUGUUUAAUUAAUUUCUAAUCAAUUGUUGAGUAUUGAAACAAUUGCUCUUCGUUUUCAUUAGACACUGAAAAAUCCUAUCAUCAGCCAUUUAUCAAGUGUUAUAAUGCCAGUGCAUACAUUAUAAAAAAGAAAAAAAAUUGAGAAAAAAAAUUAGGCGAGUGUUAUUUCGAUUAAAGAUAAUUAAUUUGGGUAGUGGCCACGUAGUAGGCGUAUAAAUAUUGCAAAUGAUACAUGAGGCGUCACUAAUCACGCUAAUCACUGUAUUAACUUCAUCCAAUGGGGUAACGAUAUGAUGAAUACGAAUAAGGAUUAAAAAUGCAAUUUUUAUUAUUAGAUAAGUAAUUAACUGGCUAUAAUCCAAUGAUUUGCGGGAUUUAUUGAAUUCUUUCGACGCCUGGGUUUGAUAUCCAGGGGUUUAUUAAUAUUCAUUUUAAAAAUAUAUCAUGUACUAUACUCGUACACUGAACAAUUUCACACGUAUGCUCUUGUAUACGGGCGUAAACAAUAAACAUAAAUUAACAUUUA